CAAUCAGACAGUUCCUCAUCACUCACCAUGGGGAAGAUCAGCAGUCUUGUGGUUCUGCUUUUAGCAGUCUUCAUCAUCGGUGCGGGCAACGCCUUAGCAAAGGAAAGACCCAAGGAAAAGCCUGGAGACGUAUUGGAGGAUGGUGAAAAGGCGCCCAAAGAUGCCCCCCUGAGGGAGAAUCACGCAAUCAAUAAAACCAUAUACCUCGGAGUUGGUAAAUCUCGGACCAUUUCAUCACCCAACUACCCAAGAAAGUAUCCAAACAACCAAGAUUGCAUCUGGUACCUUCAGACGGAGAAAGGAAGUAGAAUCAGGAUCACAUUCAAAGACUUUCAAACUCAGAAAUAUUACGAUAGACUGAAAGGUGGGGAUGGUAGCGACGUCACAAAAUUGAAGCUGUUUGACGCAACUGGGAUCUUCAAACCAAGAGAUCAGGUUUCUAAUGGAAACACAAUGUGGUUGAGAUUCACGUCUGACUUCAGAUUCACAAAAAAAGGUUUCCGAUUGGUUGCUCGAAGUUUCUCCUCGUCAGAUGAACGGACUUAUCUAUCGGACAAAGUCAGAAGUUUCUGA